UCCAAAAUACUAAUAAAAUACUAGUAACAUUUAUUUUUAUUUUAUACAUACAGAAAAGAGGUAUCAAGAAGUGUGGGGAGCAAGAGCUGAGGGGGCCUCAGUUCCUGAAAAGGAGAAUUUAAAGUUUGCCCACAAGCAAUUUUGCAGCUGAAUUUCAUUUCAUUUGCGUGUGUAUAUAUACAUAUAUAUCUGUAUAUAUUAUACAUAAAAGUGUGUGUGUAUAUAUAUAUAUACUCGUCUUCAAGAUUUCUCAGCUAAGCCCUCUUCUGUGUGAAAAGCUAUUCAUUUACUUUGCAUACAUAAACAGUUUCCAAACUUUGUCGUUCUUUUCCUUGAAGAAUUCGAUUCGCAUGACAGAAUAUAUCAUAUUGUUCUAAAUAGGAGUCAUGUUGGAGGGUCCAACUUUUCUUGUUUCAAGAGAAUUGCCGAGUGCUUGUGAACAAGAAAGCAAAUGGGCUUAUAAUGCAUAUUGUGUCACCGAGCUUUCAAAAGGAAAGCGUUAUCUUGAUGAUGGAGGAGAAACGAAAGCAGGUUUAAAAAAAUCAUGCAGAACUUCCGAGAAAGGAAGUUUGUCCAUUUCACUUUUGAAAUCUGAACAAUCGAACAGUCAAGAACAAGAGGAUCAAUCAGAUACAAGUUCACUAAUCAGCCAAAUUGGUCGAGACCUCUCAAUCAAUUGUCUUUUGCGCAGCUCGAGGUCUGAUUACGGAUCGAUCGCGUCCCUAAACAGUGCGUUUCGGUCUGUGGUUCGUGGUGGUGAACUCUAUAGGCUAAGAAGAUGUAUGGGUAUUAUAGAACACUGGGUAUACUUUUCGUGUAACCUUUUUGAGUGGGAGGCUUUUGACCCGAUCCGCUGUAACUGGAUGCGUCUGCCUACCAUGGACUGCAAUGAAUGCUUCAUGUGCUCAGAUAAAGAAUCUUUAGCUGUAGGCACUGAACUGCUCGUGUUUGGUAAAGAAAUAGAAACACACGUAGUAUAUAAAUAUAGCAUUGUAACUAACUCAUGGUCACCUGGCUCAAAGACCAAUACUCCUAGAUGUCUGUUUGGGUCUGCAAGUCUUGGCAAGAUAGCUAUUGUAGCUGGUGGGUGUGGUCCAUCUGGCAACAUUUUGAGUUCGGCUGAACUUUAUAAUUCAGAAACCGGGACUUGGGUGACCCUCCCUAACAUGAAUAAACCCAGAAAAAUGUGUUCUGGGGUAUUUAUGGAUUCAAAAUUUUACGUUGUUGGUGGAAUAGGCGAGGAAAACAACAAAGAGUUAACAUGUGGGGAAGUUUAUAAUAUAGAAACCGGUACUUGGACAGAGAUUCCCAAUAUGUUUCCAGUACUAACAGGUGCAGGGGGUCAGGAUGCACCUCCAACCGCCAAAGCACCUCCUUUAUUAGCAGUUGUAAAAAAUGAAUUAUAUGCAGCUUGUUAUGAAGAACAGGAUGUUAAAAAAUAUAUUAAGGAUCAGAAUAUUUGGGUCAGAGUGGGUGGGUUGCCAGAAAGAGCGAGCUCUAUGAAUGGAUGGGGACUUGCUUUUCGUGCUUGUGGUGAUCAGCUUAUUGUUAUUGGCGGACCGAGGGCUUCUUAUGGGGGUAUGAUAGAGCUGAAUUCUUGGAUACCUGAUGAAAACCCGCCUCAAUGGAACUUGCUUGCUAAAAAGCCAUCCGGUGGUUUUGUAUAUAAUUGUGCUGUGAUGGGAUGUUGAGGCGCGUUGAACAGGUUUCUCCAUGAACUUCAUCUUAUAUUAUGACCUGAGAAUCUUGGAGAUUUUGUCAAAUUUAUAUCUUUUUUUUUUCUUGUUUUCUUAAAAUUAAAUUUGGGUCUUAGCAUUAAUGUACGUUUUCUUGAACAAGUAUCUCAGCUUUUUUUUUUUCCUUUUCUUUUAACAUCUUUUUUAUGCCAUCAGAUUUCCAUACUCUUAAUAUUCUUUUCAAAGAUGGUAUUGUGUAGCAUAGGUUAAUUAAUAAUGUAAGCCAAAGUGUACUUAUAGUUUCUUAUAAAUAUCAGUGCUCAGAAUUUUAUCACC